AUGGGGCGAGGGAAUUUCAGGAGUACUUCUAUUGGAGUUCGAUCUCAACUGACCACAUUGUCAUCCAUAAUGAAAGCUGUUGAUCCAAAGCUACAUGAGCAUUUAGAAAAUCUUGAUGGAGGGGAAUACUUAUUUGCCUUCCGUAUGCUGAUGGUUCUUUUCCGUAGGGAGUUCUCUUUUGUAGACACAAUGUACCUUUGGGAGCUCAUGUGGUCUAUGGAGUACAAACCAAGUCUCUUCUCAAUGUUGGAGGGUUACACUGGCGCGUCUAGCACAAACACGAAGGAUGAAAAUGUCCUGAGACAGUGUGGAAAGUUUGAACGGAAAAAUUUGCAAGCACCUAAGAAAGAUGGGCAGAUCCCUCUAUCUGUCUUUGUUGUAGCUAGUGUUCUAGAGGCUAAAAAUAAGCGGUUACUGGGUGAGGCAAAAGGUCUAGACGAUGUUGUCAAGAUCUUAAACGAAAUCACUGGUAGUCUGGAUGAAAAAAAGGCAUGCCAAGGAGCAUUGCAGAUUCAUGAGAAGUACCUAAACACAGCAAAAGCAUCAUAG